AUGAAGUUCCAAAAGGGGAGCAAAGUGGAGGUUAUGAACAAGACGGAGCUGCCUACAUCUUGGUGUGUUGCUGAAAUUGUUUCUGGGAAUCGGCAUACUUAUAAUCUGAGAUAUGAUUGUUACCCGGGUGUUGAAAAGGUGUCUAGGGAGUUUAUUAGGCCUUGUCCCCCUCUUUCAAAAGAUUUUCAGAGUUGGAUAGCUGGUGAUAUUGUGGAAGUGUUUGAUGAUAAUGAUAAUUCAUGGAAAACUGCAACUGUUUGUAAAGUUACUGAUCAAGGUCACUUUUCUGUAAGGCCUCAUGGUUUCACCCAUGUAAGAAAUGUCCCAAAAUCGGAAAUCAGGACACGACAAUCCUGGCAAGAUGGUCACUGGGUUCCAAUUGUAAAGAUUUCAGGAAGCUAUGGAGACGUGAAUGCAAAAAAUUGUCAAGAAAACGACAAUGAAGUUGGAUUCCAGGAGUCUCGUGUGGUAUCUUCCAAAACCCUAAAAAGAGCUUCCCCCUUUUGCUCUUCUCCUGGAAAUGCCAAGAAAUUGAAAGAAAACAGAAGAAGACUAAUUCCAAACAAAUCAUUGGAAAAGGUAGAUGCUUUUGGCUUUGCUUGCCCAAAUGACAAAAAAUUAAACGGUUUUUAUGAACCGGAGAAAGAAAAAUUAAACGGUUUUGAUGGUUGUUCUCUUUCAAGAAUACCGGAGCCUGAUAAUACUACUGAUACUGAUAAUGAUACUGAUAAUGACGAAUGCUCUGUUGGUAGUUGUAGCAUUUCUAGUUAUGGUCAAAAUAAGUCAACUAGUCCUUGUAAAGAAACCGAUAAUAUUCUUUCAAGUGAUGCUGAAUCUUUCAAUACUUCAACACCAAUUCCUGAAAAAAGUUGGGCAGAAAGUAUUCAUUGGUUAGAGUUACACGGAUAUCGGUCAACUUUAGAGGCGUUAUAUGCUUCUGGACCUUUAAGUUGGGAAAAAGAAGCAUUAUUGACCAAUCUUCGGAUUAAUCUUCAUAUCUCAAAUGAUGAACAUUUGACAGAGUUAAGGCAUUUAAUUUCUUCGGGAGCUGGUUUUCUUGAUUACCAGUGA